AUGUUAAACAAGGUCGUCAAGACAGAAUACCCUCUUAUCGAUUCAGAUCCCCAUGCCUCUCGUGUUGUCAGGUACAUGAGACCCUCGGACUAUGCUCUGUGGGCCGGUUCUACAGCUGCAUUCCCAGCCGCUCUCGUAGCUUGGGAAAUGGCGGACCCCAGCAAAAUUAGAUUGAAAACCUCCCUGAAACUUGGUGGAUUCCUGGGCUUUACUGCCGGUUUCUUACUUGCAUACCAGAGAUCAACUUAUCGCUUCUGGGGCUGGUCGGAAAAUAAAAGAGAGGAAGAGUUGGAUUUGGCUGAGCUUAGGGAGCGUGCCCAAGAUGGGAAAUCACUAUACGGCAACUCCCCUCAACCAGCUUGGGUGCAACAAGCUGCGGCCUCGAAUUCUACGUGGUCGCAACUCAACUUCGGUGUUUUGCCAAUGUUCAACUUUGUAAAUCACACCCACCAUGGUUCCGACCCUGCAAAGUAUGGUGUCAAAAAGGAAGAAGAGAGUUCAUAG